UUGUUUAUGGACAUUUUCCCUAAAAACGAAGAAAUCGCAACAAAUAAAGUUGUAAUUAUGUAAAGUGAUAAGAUGAUAUUGUUACUUUUAUCUUCCGUUGGCUAACUUCUGUGGGAUGCAACAGAUAAAAUGCCAAUGUAUGUGGCAAUUCAUCAUUGGUUUAAAAUUUAAUAAACGUGUCGAGACUCAAAUAUGCCCUUGUUUGGAAACACGUUCAGCCCCAAGAAGACUCCUCCUCGGAGGUCGGCCUCUUUGUCUAACCUCCACACGUUGGACCGAUCCACCAGGGAAAUAGAGUUAGGCCUGGAGUAUGGAGCCCCUGUGAUGAACAUUGGAGGACAGAGCUUGAAGUUUGAAGAUGGACAAUGGAUCUCAGACUCAGGAGGAAGCGUGUCAGCAAAGGAGGUACAGAAGCUGAAGAAGAGAAACCUGCAGCUGGAGGAGGAGAAUAACCUCCUGAGGCUAAAGAUCGAUAUCCUUCUGGACAUGUUGUCAGAAACAACGGCUGAAUCCCAUCUAAUGGCAAAGGAACUUGAAGAGAUGAGAGAAGAAAACCAGACUAAGCGGAAGAAAUGAAAGAAGCGUAAGGGUUGCACAGACUAGUCGAUUUGUCGGCUUUACUGCUCUGUGAUGACACUUUAAACUUGACCUGGACUAGUCGCUGAUCACGUGAUUAUGACACUAACAACAUGGACGCCUCCGAGAAAACAACAGGUGAGGAGCCUGGUGGGUCACUGCAGUAAACCAGCAGCGGUUCAUCAAUUGUGUGGAAAUACUUCACUAAGGAUGAAGCCUGUGCUACUGUCACUUGCAAGUAAUGCAAGUCCGUCCUGAUGUACAACAAAAGUACAAGUGCGAUGCACACAAAGGCAUCCGCUAACACUAUGAUCCAAAUCCUCUCGACAGCAGUUAGCGACUUCA